AUGGCCGUAAGGAAACCAGUUGAUGAGUGGACCUUGAUCUUGCAGAAGCAAGCUGAGUACAAUAAACUUCACGAAAUGGAACAGAAAAACAAGUAUCUCCAAGACCAAGAAGAUCUCCGCAGAGGCUUAGAAUAUCAGCAGCAACUCACUUCCCCAUUGGUUAGCGAGCAAAAAAAUAUUACUCAUUAAAUUUAAAUUAAUAACUUUUUCAGAUUAUAAAAAUCCAAAUUUGCAAAGAAAAUUUUCUCAAAAAUUAUUUUUAAAAGCCAAGCUUUUAAAAUUUAAUAUUAUUAUAAUAAUAAUAAUUUAUUUAUUAAAUAUAGUUUAUCCCAAUAGAUUUAGAUUAAACAUUUGCUAGUAAUGAAGGAGGCUUAAUUUCCAAUAAUAAAGAUCAUGCUCGCUAAACAACUGGGAGUCAGAGAUCUCCAGAAAAGGCAGGAGCAGGAAGAAAGAGACCGUGAGGCGCGCGAAGUAUCUUUAAGGGCUAAUUGGUUUAAAGAUCAAGAAAACACCAAAAAACAACAAGAAGCAAUGAUAAAAAAGCAAAUGGCUGACGACCUCCUGAAUCACCAAAAUUUACUUAAACAAAGAGAAAUCGAAGAAAAAAACCGCAUCCUUAUGGAAGAGCAGGAAAGAAUCCGCAUUGCCCAAAGGAACCUUGAAGAAGAAGCUAAGCGAAAGCUUGAAAAGAAAAUGCAGUGGCAGCAGGAGCAGCAAGCAAUGAUGCAGUUCCGUGAAUAUCAAGAACAGCAGAAAAAUCAAGCUGAAAUGAACCAAAAAAUGGUAGAUGUCGAGCUUCAGCGACAGAGAAAAGAAAGAGAAGAGCAAAAAGAGCAGGAUUACCGAGAAUACUACAGAAGGCUAAACGAUAACCAACUUAACCGAGCUAAAGCUUUUAGUCAAGCUUUACAAAAACAGUCAGAAAAAGACAUCGAAAGAAACCAAUGAAUCAAUAAAAAUGUGGAUUCAUACAACCAGCAGCUUGCCAGAAAAGAAGAAUACGAGCGACAAAUAGAUUAAUUAAGUUAUAGUCUUUACCUCUAUAUAGAUUUCUUUAUCAAAUAAAAUGUAAUAAACCCAAAAAUCCCGAGGGUAUGAGGGAAGGACUGCCGGAUAAGUCGCCAUUUUAUUUGUGUGAGCAACAAAUAAGGAAUAUGAACUCGCGAUCAUUAAAUCAGACUCUUAAAUCACAAAUUGAAACUAAAGAAAUGCAAAAACAAUAUGCUCAAGAAGAAUUUAAAAGAAUGCAAGAUGAGGUGACACAGAGAAUAGAAAUCAGCAGAAAGCUGGAGCAAGAAAGAGAAAACCAAAAGGCUUUGCAAAAGCAGUUAUAUCGGGAGCAGCUUGCAAUGCAAAUGUCAAUGAAUAAUGACUUGAGAAUGAGCCAGUUUAAGCUGUCAGAAGCUGAGAAAGUGAUGAAUAAAGGAAUUUUGGAUGAAUCAAUUGGAGGAAAAAGAUUCCAAAGAGGAGCGAAUGAAAUAUUGAAGCCGCAAAGCUCGUUUACAACAAAAAAUUUAUCAUACGACGAAAAUGCGAAAAAUUUCUUUGGGGCAGAUAGCUCAGUUCCUGAUGUGAGAAAGUCAAGAGAGUAUGGAGACAGAAAAAGAUUUAACCCUAUUACAGGUGUGGAAUAUCCACCACCUAUGCCAAAUUCAAGAACGUCUUUAAGGGCUGGAUUAAAAAUAUAA